CACUUGAGGACCUAGAGGGCCACCUGUGACCUUGAGGCCACAGGUUCCCCACCCCUGAAAACAAAAAGAAGAAACAGGGGAGUAGUUUGGGAAACAUCACAAUCCUGGCACAGUCAUGAUUUCAUGGACUUCAAUUACCCAGACAUCUACAUCUGACUCCUCUAGAGAAGGGUAAUGAAGAACCUUAACCAUGACAUUUGAGGAUUAGUUGAAGACAUUUAGUUUCUUUAUCCUGAAGGAGAGGACUCAGGGAACACAUAGACUUUUUAAAGCAUUUGAAAGGCAGUCAUGUGCAGGAGGUGUUUGUCCCCAAAAGGAUGAAAUAGGAGCAAUAUGUUGCAAUGAGAUAAUUUUGGCUUGAAGGCAAGGAUCCAUGACCGUAACAAUCAACUAGUUCCCAGGAUUUCAUACUGUAAACAAUUUCUACUGCCUCUGCACAGUGUUCUACUUGUAGGUGGUGGAGCAGUGGUGCCCAUGGAAGGAAGGUUCCUGCUAAGUAGUUGAACAGUCUGGACUCUUGUGAUGUCCCUGGAACCUCUUAUCUCUAUCCUCUUAUUUACCUCCACAAUCUGCACAGAUGGUCAAAGCACAGCUGUCCAAUUUGCUUAGGAGUGGUACACAUCAAACACACACCAGCCUCCAAUUCUUCAGGGCAGAAUGCUGCUUUCUGCUCAAUUUCUGUUCCUACUGCUACUUCUAGGAACCUCAGGAACAGGCAGCUCCCACAAGCUCUACCAGACAGAGUCCAUCUUCAGCUGUAUUAAUACAGCUUUAUCUGGGGCUAAGAGUCAGCUAGGUGAUGACUCCUCACUGAGCAAGAGGAGCUUUGGUUACAUUCCCAGUGAGGAACUAUCAUCUGAGGAGGAAGCCAAAGAGGAGAAAGAAGAAGAUGAAAAGGACAAGGAAAAAAGAACUUUAUCUGGGGGUAAUGGUGGGAUUGGGGCAGGGAUUGAGGGUACCAGGUAUAAGUACCAGUCACAGGCACAACUAACAAGAAAGCUCUACCAGAACAAGGCCCAGAGUGAUCGACACACUAAGUUCACCCUGUCCCUGGAUGUCCCUACCAACAUUAUGAACAUCCUCUUCAACAUAGCCAAGGCCAAGAGCUUGAAGGCCAAAGCAGCUGCCAAUGCUCACCUUAUGGCACAAAUUGGGCGAAGAAAAUAAAGAUGCUUCUAGAGGUAGUCUAGUAGAAGCUGUAGGGAGUGAGAGUCAUGAUAUUUAGAGAGUCUGAGCAUGUCUUUAUGGUGAGGGGAGAAGAAGGGUUGGGUAAUCUAAUUGGUGUUUGUGGUUAGGACCUACCCCUGAUUAAUCUAUGGCACUUAUUCCCUCCUAGCUCUGCCUAGUGACUACCUUUUCUCUGUACAUAUAAACAAAAUUGUGUUUUUUAAACUUUAAAAGUCCCAGUUGCUGAUGGCUCUUACAACCUGCUAUGUUCCCUUCCUCCAUCCCUCUGACUUUAGGCAAAGUUAAUGUUUCCCUUUUCUCUGAGCCUUUCCCAUUUGAGCCCUUAUCUAUGAAGAGAACUGCCAAGGUUUGUCUCUUUCUUGCCCUUCCCUACACCUACAUCCUUCUGACUUUUCACUGUCUUUCAUCCAAAUCCCCAUUCCCCAUACAUUAAAAUCAAUAUAUCUUGAAAUCA